UGAAAGUAUUCUCGCGGCGUGAAGGGUACUAUCGGCUCUUUGAUGAAAUAUACUGGACGUGAUUUUCCGUUGAAUGUAGAUAGCGAUGGCAGGGUAUUCUACAAUAACGAAGCAUGGAUCAAUAAAUCGCAUGACAAAGCUGAAAAUGACUCGGCGAGAUGUGCAGUAACCUAGUUUGAGAAACUGCCUAGUAUAAUGAUUACUACAUACAUAUGUAGUCUACUUGGAGAAAGGACGAAUCGAAGACAUUCCGCGGAGAGUUGAUGGUCGGAGACAUACAGACUGAAGGUUAAUUAGCCAAACAAAGCCAGGUUCCAAACAUGCUGAGGGAUGUAGAUCUGUUUACAGAACAGAUCUCUAAGGCAGAAACUAACACCGGAUAUCCGGCAUUUUAUUUGUAAAGCCAGAAUUCACUAAAAAAUGUUUUGGUUCAAGCUUGUUAGACUUGAGUAGAAAAAGAAAUUAGUUCUGAACACGAAACGAAAAUUAACACGUGUAUGUAUCUCCUUAUAAAUGUACAUCAAUAUGUAUAAAGCCCAAAUGUUCAUUACUGAUAUCUAUCUUUCGAUCCUUAGAUUCAUACAAGAAAGAACCAGUUUCACGAUGUUGUUUAUUAAUUAGGAGACGAUUACAAUUUCCAGAACACAUGGUCGUAUUCUUGUGUUUUAUAAGGAAUCUCCGUGCAAUUCCAUAUAUACAUAUAUAUGUGUGUUUGUGUGUGUGUGUUUGUGUGUGUGUGUGUGUUUGUGAGCGUUCUUGUAUGCGUGCGUGCGUCACGAAAUUCAUGUUAGUAUAACUUACGAAAUUCAUGUUUAAAUCUAUUAUUCGCUUGUGUUUAUUUUACCAAUUCGUUUACCAUUGGAGUAAAAAUGUCUUCAACAACAAAACACACGACUGUUUAACGUCAAUACUGAGCCGUUAUUAAGACUGGAUUGAGGUAGAGCACUUAUAUAUAUACCGUAUAUAGCCACUGAUUAUAAAACCGAGUAAGCGCUGAGCUUUUGAUACGUUAUCACCAAUAACUCAUCAGUGUCAGGUACUAGGACAACACAAUCCUACUUAGUACUUAUCACCAGUAAGUACGGAAUUAUGUGUGUGGUAAGGAAGCGGUGAGGAUACUAUAUACUCUAUGGUGCACCAAGGACUACCGGACAAAUCUGACUACAAUAGUACCACAGAACGAUUGGAAUAUGUAAACUGCAGAUAGUAUGUAAUGGACAUUUAACAGGCAUACCAUUACCUGUCAUAUCUGAUAAAACAAUGGAGGACGAGGAGUCGCUCUUGGCUACUUCUGAGAAGAGGAUAGAUGUGACACGAUUCCUACAUACCCAGAAACAAAUCCAGGAUGAAUAUGGGAUGGAGGAGGUUAACGUGUCAUGGAAGGACAGACUGAGAGAUAAGUGCACAUGUACGGGAACAAAAUGUCUAGGUAAAUGUUUAUCUUACAUCCCAAUAAUUAACGUUAUAAGAACGUACAAACUAAGGGAAUACAUCAUCGGCGAUAUCCUAAGUGGAAUUACCGCUGCGUGUUUGCAUUUCCCACAAGGACUUGCAUUCGGAAUCCUCGCCUCUCUUGCCCCGGCGUUUGGCUUAUACACCUCCUUCUUUCCCAUCAUACUUUAUAUGUUGUUUGGGACAUCCCAUCAUAUAUCGUUCGGUACGAACGCUGUCAUAGCCCUUUUUACAGCGGAAAUGGCCGAGGGUCAAGUCAGGGGUCUUGUACGGCAGGCAGGUGUAGGGAACGUGACGGAAAAUGGCACGCAAAUUGUUGAAGGACUUGAUGACGCCGCCAUCAUAGAUAUCAAAGUAAUGACAGCUUCCGGAGCAUCUCUAAUUGUAGGGAUUGUGCUUCUUGCUAUGGGUAUAUUACGGUUAGGAUUUCUCACCUCGUAUUUAUCUUCAUCCUUUAUCCACGCGUUCGUGUGUGCAAGUGCAGUUCACAUCGCAUCAAGUCAAAUUCCGAAAGCGCUGGGUAUAUCUAUCCCGUCAUUUACUGGAGCAGGGAAACUGGUUCGGUCAUACAUAGAAAUAUUCAAAGCAAUUCCACGGAUCAAUGUCGCUUCGCUCAUCAUCACAAUCCUGUCGAUGACAAUCUUACUGUUAGUGAAGGAAUGCAUCAACAAACGGUUCAAGGACAAGAUGAAAAUGCCAAUUCCCAUAGAUCUUAUCCUUAUUGUUGUCGCUACCAUCAUAUCUCACUUUGCAAAAUUCAAAGAAAACUUCGAAGUGCCUAUAGUUGGUAACAUUCCUAGUGGAAUACCGGCCCCUCGCGUACCAGUUCUCUCCUCUGAUUACAUUGGAACAGCUAUCAUAGUUGCCUUCUUGGUGUUUGUCCUGUCAAUUGCAAUGGCGCGGACCUGCGAACUAAAACAUGACUACCAAAUUGAUGACAACCAAGAACUUGUUGCUUAUGGAAUCUCCAAUUUGGGUAGUUCAUUUUUCCAAUGUUUUCCUUCAUGUACUGCACCUCCCCGAACAAUGCUUCUGAGUUUGAUGGACGCGAAAACAACAUUGAACGGUUUGUUUUCAGCACUGGUUAUGCUGCUUGUGCUGAUGGUGGUUGGACAGCUGUUCGAGUCGCUUCCGCUUCCUGUUCUUUCUUCUAUGGUCAUCAUUGCUGUCAAAGAUCUCAUCCUACAUGUGACCGAACUACCAAACUUCUGGAGAAUAAAUAGAUAUGAUUUCAUUAUCUGGAUGGGAACCUGUCUUUGUGGUGUGUUAAUCGAUAUCCCAUACGCCCUUUACGUCGGUGUCGGACUUGGACUGAUAACGAUAGUCGUACAAGGUCAAAAAUCUGCUAGUUAUACACUUUCUUCUCCUAAGGACGAGGAUAUAUAUUUAGAUUCUUCUAUGCAUAAUAAUCUUCAUCAACUACCAAAUAUACGUAUCUUCCGAAUGGAAGCAUCACUGUAUUUUGCAACUUCGGCAAUAUUCAAACGAUUGUUAUACAAGGAAGUUUGUGAUCCAAGACAGAUUGCUAAAUCGAUGGAAAUGGAAAAUAAAAAUGGAUCUGAACAUAAUGAAAAUGGAGGAGAUGGAAAAGCUAAGAAAUCGCAUCAACAAACAAUCAAAUACUUGGUAAUUGACUGUUCACUCGUAAGUUACAUCGAUAUGAACGGAAUGAAAGUGUUAACACAGAUCAACAAGGAAUUCCGAAAAGCGAAUAUCACAGUUGUCUUAGCGAGGUGUUCACGAUAUAUGUUAAAGAGUCUAGAGACAGAAAUGCUCUCGGAGGUAUUCACUGACAGCAGAGUGUUUCUGGAUCUCUACGACGCUGUGUACGCGUGUGAACAUUCAUUGGUCUAGGGGAAAGUUUGUGUGUUAUAACCCAAUGAUCAAGGGUGAAAUAGUAGUACUACUAACUGGUUGUCUGUAGUUUCGAGAAGCUAGAUAUAACAUUCUGAACCAUUGUACAAAAGACAUGAAUAUCGUCAUCUUUCAGUUGGAGAGUUAGAAUCUGAUACAGUCAAAUAAUGAGUCCAACUGCACCACACAGCUGUUCCUUUCUUCUAGGACUUGUCAGUGGUGUCUGAAUAGUUUAUACCUAGGAGGCGAUGGAGGGACCUCAAAAUAGGUCCAAUGAAAUGCUAGCAGUCUGGAUGAGGAGAUGAUAUUGCCCCAUCAUUCAAUAAUUUUAAUAAUCUAUAAUAAUCAAUGUGAUAUUUUAUUCAUAAACGUGCCGCUACUGUAUCUAACUAAAUUAAAACGUGGCAUGGUUAUGGAAAACCUCGGGGACUAAUGUCCACCAGCAGUGUCUAUCACCUGUAUGGUAAACCUUGGAGACUAAUGUCCACCAGCAGUGAAAUAUAAAAUAAAGUUCCUUCGCCGUUUCGGGACAGAGAUAGCUCAGUCGGUUAAAACAUUUGCCUCCUAAAAUUCUGAGGAAGAUAGGAUUUCGGCAGCUGAUGUUUCUCGCAAAGCUAAAUCGAGAUCAAAUCCAAGUGAUGAUACUUUUUAAAAUGGUUAUACAAUUAUUGAUGACACAUGUACACGCAAACACGUCAAACUUCAAUAUGGCACAAAGAGUUGUAUAGUCCGUCAUGAUGAAGGUUACAAUACUUUAGUUUUUAGAAUCCUAGAUAUCUGUAACACGUUUCUUACAUGUAGUAUGAAAAAGGUGCUUAUGUACAUAAGUAGACAACUAUGUAUGACAGUAUAUUGUUAAUAUUGAAUGUUUAGAAGGUUGCUUUAAAAGAUUGUCUUUAUACAAAAAAGACAAUGUAGCUUUGACAUGUUUAAUGCGUAGGUUAGAUAUUUCAUAUUCAUUAUUUUGUUAGCUACUUUAUUAAUUGCUUAAUUAAAUACUAUAUGAUUAUAAA